AUGGAUUCCAUGUGGUCGAGGCCCACUGACCCAAAUCGGGAUGCGGAGUUUAGGGAGUCGUAUUCUGGGUCCCCUCGACACUCGGCCAGUCCGGGCCGGAACCAAUGGCUCGCUGUCUCCAAAGGGACAAAUGGCCGGCUGGCUCUUAGCCCGAUGCAACCAUGUGGCGUGCCGCCAGACGGAACAGGCCGCAUGGACCUGUAA